UUGUCUUCACAAUCAAUAGCGCAUCUUCUCGACCCUGCAGCGUUAUGAUCGAUUGUCCUUUCCUCGCCUUAAGUUCUACUCGCGCCUGUCUGACCGCCAGCUUCGUCAUGGCCUUGCCGCAAUGAUACAGCAUCACCUCAUAUAUCAUUACACCUCUUAUGAUGAGGGGAUCACCUACUACGAGCCUAAUCCACAGGCCGCGUAUUAUCUCGUUCGCUCUGGUAAGAUUCUUGAAUUCGUUCAAGAUCGGCUAGGCAAGUAUGCGGCCACCGUGAUGUCUACCAUAAUGUUCCUCGGGCAUGCCCAAAUAAGCCAUCUUGAAACCUUGUCCGAGUUAAGGCAUGGACCACGGGAAUUAAACGGUAUUGAUGAUGAUAUUGGAGGAGAGAAGUCGGAGGGACGGGUGAAUGGACACAACGGGGAAGAAACAGCCGAACAGCCAGCCUUGCUCCAUCCGACGUUGAGGGCAUUGGCGUCUCAUGGCUAUUUAAUUCGCGUCCGAGAUGCACAAUUCCAAAGUUAUGCGGACAAUGCGCUAGAUGCCGAACGUGCGAUCAAGUCAAGGCCUGACGUCAAACAGAUGAAAGGCAAGCGGCUUGAGGAAACGGUUUUAGAUGGCACACUUACCAUGUUGAGGGAAAAGUUAGAUGGAGAUCUAACCCGUGGAUUCUUGCAUAAUGGAGUACCGCGCGGUGCCAACAAAAGGCUCGGUAACGGUCCUGCAGAUAAAAGUGCUCGGGUGGAUUUCGACAUGGGGGAUGAGAAUAAGGAGGAUGAAUGGUCCGAUGACGAGACAGGAGACACCACUCCCAUGGAGUCUGGAAUGGUUGUUCGAGUCAACUACGAGAAAAUGGAUGUUGCACUACGCAAUCGACGAUUCCUUGAUCUUGCGGAGAUGCACUCAUCGUCGGCUACCGUUCAAGUUUACGAAUGUCUCCUGCGACGCAUUGAAUACCAGACUAAGCAAUGUCGGGACAUUGUUGAAAUUCCGCGUGAAGGUGAAGAAGGCGAGCAAUAUUCCGUUGCGAUCGCAUUGAGUGCGGUAGCAGAAGAAGUCGACCCGCAAUUAGACCUUGCGGGCUCUAUCGGUCCCAUGGAAGUUCUUCCGCCUGUCAGCAGGCGUGGGAAAAGGUUAUUAGAUGAAGAUGGGGUCAACGGGACCAGUCAUCAAGACUCCGACGCACCCAGCCGGACUUAUGAGAUUGACCAGCAUCUCAGUCUCCUCUCACAGCCCCCCUACAAUUUGACCUCAAAGCGUGUAGUAUCUGGCCUUAUCACCUGGACCGUGGAGUUUCGACACCUGGCGCGUAAGCUCCGUCAUUUGGAACUCGAGCGUAUCAUUGAAGCUCGCUACGGUGACGUCGCCCUAAGAGUGAUUCGGGUCCUUCACGCCAAGGGUAAACUUGAUGAGAAGCGCCUCCAGGAAAUUAGCCUCCUUCCAUUCAAAGAUCUCCGGCAGGUAUUAGCCAGCAUGCAAUCCGGCGGAUUUGUCGACCUGCAGGAAGUACCCCGAGAUGCACAGCGACAGCCAUCGCGCACGAUUUACCUCUGGUUCUAUGAUCCAGAUCGGAUCCGUAACAGCAUUCUGGAAGACACAUACAAGGCUAUGUCUCGGUGCCUACAGCGCUUACGAUUCGAGCGGGGUCGACUCAAAGAAUUCUUGGAGAAGACCGAGCGCAGUGACGUCAAGGGGAAUGAAGAGCGGUAUCUUUCUCCGGCGGAACUUACUCUCCUAGGGCAAUGGAGAAGCAAGGAGGCCCUAUUGCUGGACGAGAUCAGCCGGUUGGAUGAGAUGGUGGCAGUCAUGCGGGACUAUUAAAAAACCAGGACCGAAAACAACCUGUUCUAUAGGACUAUUUACAUAUAUAUGUAUACAUUUAUA